GAGCCAGUUCGUUCGAGUUGCUCAGAGGUGAAAGUUGAGACAUGACAGAGGAGCUGCGAAAGGACACCUUGGAGGCAAGUGAAACAUUGCCCUUUAUUGAAAAGCCCUUUGCAAUAUCGGAUGAUGUCAAGAAAUCUGUUCCCGAAAAUGAAACGGAAGUGGAAGAUGGUGGUAAGGAUACUCACUGUGGUUUCUGGAUAUUGAAGGGCCCUUCUAUGCAAAAAUUUGCCACUGAGAAGAUGUACGUUAUUCUAUAUGGACUGGCUGGCUGUGUGAUGACAAUGACUUUUGCCUACUUUAAUGCGACGAUAACGACCUUGGAGAAGCGCUAUAAGAUACCCACAAAGGUUUCCGGUAUUAUCUCGGUGGGAAACGAUAUCAGUACCAUGCUAACGGCCGCAAUCCUGGGCUAUUAUGCCGGUCAUGGGCAUCGACCUCGCUGGAUGGGCAUAGGAUUGCUUACCAUCGUGGCCUUCUGCCUGCUUACCAGCUCACUGCAUUUUCUUUACGGAGCUGGCGAGGAUGCCCUCAAGUUAACCCGAGAAUUCGGCCAGGUUAACGAAACGUUGGCCAGUCAGGAGCGGGACAAGAAGUUGUGCCAAGCCAGUGCAGGAGGAUGUGUCCAGGAGGAGGUGGGUCAGUGGGUGCCCCAAGUCUUCCUGUUUGCGGCCCAACUAAUCGCGGGCGUGGGGCAGGCUCUGUUCUAUACCCUGGGCAUAGCCUACAUGGACGACAAUGCCAGCAAGUCCAAGACACCCGCCAUGCUGAGCAUGUCCACCUUCUUGAGGAUGCUGGGUCCAGCUAUUGGCUACUCUUUAGCUGCUCUCUGCCUGCGCCUAUAUAUUGAGCCUACUUUGGAGCCACUGAUUGGGCGGGAGGAUCCCCGCUGGUUGGGCGCCUGGUGGCUGGGCUGGCUAGUACUGGCUGCAAUGACCUUGGUCUCGGCCAUCCUGCUGCUUAUGUUCCCCAAGGAGCUGCCCAGCUCGAAGCAGAGACGCCUACAACUGAAGCAGACUGAACGGAAGCAGUCACUGCCACUGAAAGAGCGAUCCUUUGGUGACAUGAUGAAGACAGUCAGGAAACUGUCGAAGAACAAGGUGUACAUCUACAACACCAUGGCAUCCAUACUCUACUUCUUCGGCUACAUGGCCUACUGGAUAUUCACACCCAAGUACAUAGAAACGCAGUAUAGACAGUCAGCGGCCAUGGCGACGAUGGCAACGGGAACAGUGGCUCUGGGAUUCUCUGCCGCCGGAGUCCUCAUCUCGGGAUAUGUGAUCUCCAAGUACAGACCGAGUGCCAGGGCAAUGGCCUGUUGGAACGCCAUCGUGGACUUUGUGACGGUGGCCGGAAUCCUGUGCUAUGUUGCCAUCGGAUGUGAGGGUAGCGACAGGUUGAACAGCCUGACCACCCUGUCCGCCGGGAGCAGCUGCAGUGCGUCCUGCCACUGCGACUACGUGCACUAUGCUCCCGUUUGCAGUCCGGACAACAUCACCUUCAUCUCCGCCUGCCAUGCGGGAUGUACGGAAAGGACGAAGGAUGCGCUGGGAAGGACCAUUUACACAGGGUGCCAGUGCCUGGGCUCUUCACGUUUGAGCCCUGAACCGGAGUCCCAAUUCGCCGUGGAUGGCACCUGUCCAGUCGACUGCUUCAAUGAGUUCCUUAUCUUUUUGGGCGUAAUGUGCUUCCUGAAACUCGUGGGCGCAUCUAGUAAAUCGACGAACCUGCUCAUCGCCCUGCGCUGCAUGCCCCCCGAGGAGAAGACCUUCGCCCUGGGAUUGGGCUCCAUGGUGGCUUCUCUGCUGGGCUUUAUCCCCAGUCCGGUUUUCUUCGGUUGGCUGAUAGACAACUACUGCUUGGUGUGGGGCAAGACCUGCUCCAACAAGGGAAAUUGUUGGCUCUAUGACACGAAAUCCUUAAGAUAUGCCUUAAAUCUUUCGGCUGCAGUGUUUAUAUUCUUGGGCGGUUUCUUGAAUAUUGCAGUAUGGUAUCAUGCAAAGGAUCUUAAGAUUUUCGAUGAUGAGCAGUCACCCAAAGACAGUUUAAAGAACAAGAACAAUGAGAUGGAAAUGAAACCCAUUGAUUCGAAACCACUGGAGAAUUAAAAUGUAAUUAUUUGUUAAGCUAAAUAAACGAGCUUUGAGUGUAGCUUCAAGUUUC